AUGGCGUUCACGUUCUCAAUACCGGAUUAUGUGGUGUUCAUAAGCACUGUCGUUGCUUCCUUCCUAAUCGGAGUUUUCUUCGGUUUCUGGGAAAAACGAAACAAACACGACACGCCAGACGACUAUUUUCUGGCCGGUCGUCGUACGAAAACGAUCCCGGUUACGAUCUCGUUCGUCGUCACGUUUCAGUCGUCUAUUAUGGUUCUCGCGUUUCCAGCCGAAGGCUACGUGUACGGCAUGAUAUAUUUGUUUAUGGCGCUAAGCGGCAGCAUAGCGUACGUUUUCUCCGCUUAUUUUGUUGUUCCGGUCUUUCAUCCUCUAAAGCUGACCAGUAUCUACCAAUACCUGAAUCUGCGUUUCGGUGACAACGUUUUGCGCUACGUGUGUAUGGUUAUCGGCGUUGUGUAUUACCUGUUCUACAUGGGUACCGUCACUUACGGCACAAGUGUUGCCCUCGAGGUCGUCAUGGGUAUCCCCUACUACGCUACGAUCAUCGGAUACGUGGUCAUAACGACCAUCUAUACGUCUAUCGGCGGGAUUAAAGCCGUCAUAUGGACGGACGUGUUUCAGUUCUGCAUCAUGACUACGGGAUUCAUCGCCAUCGUUGCGAAGGGAACCAUAGACGCCGGCGGCCCGGGCGCUGUCGUGAGAACGAACCGUUUUGACGUCAACGAGUUCCGGUUAGAUCCCCGGAUCCGCUACACAUUCUGGAACCUCUCCAUCGGAAGCAUUAUUUUUUGGUUGUACUACAGUUAUAGCCAAGCCGCCAUGCAGCGGGUAUUUUCAGUCCCUACUGUAAAAGCGGCGCGAAACCUUUACCUCAUCUGCAACCCCCUGUACAACAUGAUCGUCAUCAUGGCGGUAUUGGAGGGCGGCGUAAUAUUUGCGUACUACUUGGCUAAGGGAUGUGACAUCUACGCCGGUGGCAUCAUUGAUAACGUAAAUGCAAUCGUUCCGUUCACAAUUAUGGAACUCUUUAACAACCAUCCGGGGCUCCCUGGCUUGUUCAUAGCCGCUCUCUCAAGCGCCGCAUUCAGCACACUCUCUUCUUGUUUAAGCAGCCUUUCCGCUAUAACAUACGAAGACGUUAUCAAGGUUCGAAACCCAAACAUCGAGCCAGCGUACGCGACGAAGCUGUCGAAGAUUGUGACGCUUGUAUUCGGAGCUGUGGCAAUGGGGAUCUCCUUCCUGAUUUCAAUUCUUCCGGGCUCAAUUCAGGCCAUCUCACAAAGUAUAUUCGCCUGCAUGGACGGACCAAUGUGUAUGAUCUUCAUCCUGGCGCCCAUGUACCGGCGCGCGACAACAAAGGGGCUCCUCAUCGGUGCCGCUUCCGGUAUGGUGGUGGUCAUGUGGCUGAACAUGGGUAAACUUUUCAGCGGGCUGCCGCCAGAUCCGACCAAGCCGGCGGGACCGACGCACAACUGUGAUAUUUACCGCAACAUCAACGUAACUUCAUCCGUCGCCGCUCAAAUGUACUCAAACUCUACAAACGCUGUAUACUAUCUUGUCAACACGACGACGGCAACGGCGUUAACUACAACCGUUGUUCCAGAAAAGACGGUCUUGCAGGAGAUAUACAGCGUCUCAUACUGUUGGUUCUCCAUGACAGGAUUCAUUAUCUCGAUGAUUGUGGGUAUGAUCGCCAGUCGGCUCACGGAGCCACCGAAACACAUUGACAGCAGGUGUUUAUUCAGUUUCCAGAAGCAUAUCCGGGAAGAGUUGUUCGGACAGAAGAAAUCGGACAGUGACAGCGCGAGUGGAGAGCACGAAGAGGAAAUGAAGUUUAUUCAGAAGCCUGGUGUUCACUGA